UGGAAGAUGGCGGCCGAUUCGGGAGCUGCAAGCGUCCCGGGAUCACGCAGCUCCACCACCGCUCUGGAAGCGUUGUUGGACCGCCGCCUUCAUGGAGUAUCCAACACUAUGGAGUCGAUACAGGGACUCUCGGCUUGGUGCAUUGAAAACAAAAAGCACCACGGCCUUAUCGUUCGCUACUGGACGAAGUGGCUCAAGAAAUCUGACAACAAUCAUCGUUUGAAUCUGUUCUACCUUGCCAAUGAUGUGAUUCAAAACUGCAAAAGAAAAAAUGCCAUCGUGUUUCGUACAGCCUUCUCUGAAGCGCUCCCAAAUGCAGUUCAGCUCAUCAAAGAUGCGAAAGUCUGCAAAUCAGUGGAAAGGAUUUUUACAAUUUGGGAGGAGAGGAGCGUGUAUCCUGAAGAGGUGAUUGCAAAGCUCAAAGCCAGCUUGAACAAAAAGGAGAAGGAGCGAGAGAAGAAUAAAGAGAAGGAGCGAGAGAAGAAUAAAGAGAAGGAGCGAGAGAAGCAAAAAGAGAAGGAGCGAGAGAAGCAAAAAGAGAAGGAGCGAGAGAAGCAGAAGGAAAAAGAAAAGGCGAAAGAGAAGCAGAAAGAAAAGGAGGCGCCUUCUGUCGUGCAGAACUGCAGCAGCUGCCUGCCCGGUUGGAGUCUUUACUGA